AUGUCCCGCCCCUCGUUGAAAUCCUUAAUUGCAUGCUUUACUGGAAAGAGAGGAGCAAAUGAAAGUGAUGGAGAAAAUCUUCCACAGGAAUUGAUGAUUGAGAGUAUUCUAACGAGAUUAACAGCCCGGAAUCUAGCAGUUUGCUGUUGCUUCAGUAAGUUAUGGUACAAUUCAAUCCUUAAUGAUUCAAGAUUUCUUGUGAUUCACUCUAUUCAAAACAAAAGUAAAGAAUCUCUAGUGUUUAAUCUACUUAAUCUUAGGCGAAGCGACUCGAUUGGGAUUUUCCUUUUCAGUUUAUUAGGAGGAGAAAAGGCGAACAUUAAACUCGAAUUGCUCUCAGGUUUUCGAUGCCGGAAUAAACAUGAACUAGUAGGUUUUUGUAAUGGUUUAGCAUCUACCAAAUUAGUCAGUUAUCCUGGUGAUGCUUAUGGUUCAAUAACUGUUGUUAACCCGAUCAGGGGUGAAUCACUUGCCCUGGCUUAUGUACCACCUACUGUGGGAUACAUCUACUUGUGUCAUGGUUUUGGUUUAGAUCCCUUAUCACAAGUAUACAAGGCUGUAAUUGUUUUUGUCUCAGAAGCCAACACCGAGUUUCUUUGCUUGGUCGUUACAUUGGGAAUUAGGUCAUGGAGAAAGAUAAUUACUAGUACUUCUGAUAUCUUACCACCACCACUGCGUUCUUCUUUUUAUCCCAGUCGGAUGGUCCCUAGAGUUUCGAAAACGUUAUGCAGAGCAGCCACCUUCUGUGGGGGUGAUCUUUUUUGGAGGAUGCAGAAUCAACUUGGUACUGAUAAUGACAUUGAAAUGCUGCUCUCAUUCGACCUCCACAACGAGAAGAUUCACUUCAUUCGACUCCCGAAUGAAUGUACUCUGACAACAGCGGCAAAUGAGCGUCUGCAUUUGGUAGUUGAUCAACUUCUGUAGUUUAAAGGAUUCCCUUGCAUUGCACGUUCUGAGCAGAU